CCACCACUCUAUUAUGUGGGGUUAGGAAAUUUAAUAAUUUUUUGAAAAAUGAGUUAAAAACUUAAAAAUGGACUUGAUUUUUGGCUUAAUGACAAUAGCGGCGAUUUACUUAUGGGUUCUCUUCAUGGACAGGUUUUUUAAAUCAUGUUCUCAUUACGGAUACAUCCAAUUUCUUAAAGGAACGGGCCUGGAGAUCAAAUUGUUCCAGUUUUCGUGGACCACGACAGCCUUUAAUAAAUUGCUGCUUAAGUGGGGCAGUCACAACACGAAAUUUCUUAAUUUGUGGUUUAAUUUGGGGCUAUGUGUGAGUUUAGUUUUGCUGCCUGCUUCGAUCUACCUAUUGUUAGUGGCUUUCUUCCAAAACUUUUUGUCUUCGGCAAGUGGCGAGGAAAGCAUAAUUCAGCCGGUAGUCCCGGGAAUAAACCUUCCAGCAUCCGAAAUGGGUUACUACAGUUUAACUUUGCUAAUCAGUUCGGUUUUGCACGAGCUAGGCCAUGCGUUAGGGGCUGUGCAAGAAGACGUAAAUGUGAUCAAUGUGGGCGCCAACGUAAUUUUUAUUUUGCCAGUGGCUUACGUUAACUUAAAUUCCGACAAAUUAUUUUCUCUAAAUCCUUGGAAAAGACUCAAGAUUUUGUGCGCCGGAGUUUGGCACAACUUGCUAAUUGCACUCGUAGCUUACUUACUCUACACUUCUCUACCGUCCGUUUUUUCACCGUUUUUCAACUUUGGUAAAGGAGUUGUGGUAACGGAAUUUGAGGCAAAAUCGCCAAUUUUCGGAAAUAGGGGUUUAAAUGUUGGCGAUUUAAUUUUGAAAAUUAAUGAUUGUGAGGUGGACGAUGAAAAUGCGUGGUACAAAUGUUUAGUGGCUUUACGCACAAAAAAGCCCGCGUUUUGUAUUGAGGGCGACGUUGUGCGCGAUCUGGAUGAGAGCGUUCAUUUGAAACACUCCGAAAGUGGGAUUGUAAGCUGCUGCCAUUCAGAGAAUAAAGGCAAAUUGUGUUUUGAGUACUUGGAUAGUAAAGACAGCAUUUUGGAGCUGCCCCCUUACGCCUGUUUGCCUGGAAGACCUGCGAUCGAAGCCUCGACAAAUUUCUGCAUAUCUGACCCCCAUGUUUGCCCCAAAGAUACUUAUUGUUUCAGACCGAUUUUAACGAAUAACACGAAUUUGUUUAAAAUCAAGCGAGUCAACAAAAACGACGUUAUCUACAUUGGGCCCGUGUCUGAUCUUGUGAGGACAGUGACGGUGUCCUCAUACGUCCCAAAAUAUUCGUUUUUAGGGACGCGAAUUCCCGAUGUUACUACCAAAUUUCUAGGGUAUUUAGCUAUGUUUUCAAUGGGGCUGGCUCUAGUUAAUAUCUUGCCCUGUCUGUUUAUGGACGGCCAGCACAUAACGAACACUUUGUUCCACAUAAUAUUCGCGAGUCAUUUGAGGACCACUCAUAUCAAGAUUAUUUCAGGCGUUGUGACCGCUUCUUUCACACUCUUGUUAGUGAUUCACUGCGUUAUUGUCAUAUGGACUAGACUUAAUUAAAUUGUUGAAUAAAACCGUUUUUUAUCUAACAA